UGAAGGAAUAAGAAAAGAUGAAAACAUUCGAAAAGCGUGCGCAAAUCGAGGCAUGUGUGAGUGCGUAUGUGUUGGGUAUGGGCCUUCGUGCGGUUGAUAACUAAAAUUUAUGUAAUAAAAAUAAAGAUUGCAUGCAUGGACGGCCAUCUCCCGCGACGAAAUGAAUUUGGGAUGUACCGCUCGGUGCUCCCUCGUCGAGGUUAGCUUAAAGACCACGGUCGACGAGAUGGAGGAGAGGAGAUGGACGCAACCGAUGUGCGCUCCAUUAACAAUGAGAUCCAUAUCUGGGUACAGGAUCUCCGACUGUGCGGGCGAUCCAGAGGCGAAAGAUGAAGUUAAAGUUGCACAGGUUGAGCGAAAGGGAGCAGGAGUGAAAAAGCAACUACGCGAACCCAAUUCAUGCGUUCAUUCCAAGAGGUUUUCUAUACAACAAUGUAACAACCUCUCCUUCUUUAGAUUUUCUUCAUGUAGUACAUUGUAAUUUUAGUAUGAUCGUUGUUUUCCGACCUUUUUGGGACAACGCACCUGCUGGCAGCUUUUGAUACGCGGGCAUCGCAAAAAACAUAGAAAA